UACAUUUUACAAUUAUAAAUAUCACGGGAUACCACAUUUUACUGCACACUGCACAGCACAUACUGCUAUAUAAGAUCAGAGUUUUUAUUGUCUCAAGAGAAGUAGGGAGAAUCAAAAGAAAGAAAUGGAAGUACAGAUUAUGAGAAAGAUGGAAGAAGAAGAAGAAGAAGAGAGAAUCCUAGGCCUGGAAUAUGGGAAUAAUAAUUACAGCAACUAUUAUGUUCAAAGCCCAUCUUCAGUCUCUCAUGCUCACACUCGCAGCAUUUCUCAUUCGGAGUCUGAUAAUAAUAAUAAUAAUAAUAAUAAUAUAAUUCCGCCCACAAAGUCACUUCUCCACAACCAACACCAACACACCAAUCUGUCUCGCUGCUCUUCAUCUAGAGCUUCCACUACAACAACUUGUAUUCCCCUUCCCAAUCACAAUCAUAAGAUCAUCCAAGGCGCUCUUAUACCUGUUUCUGAUAAUCUUUCAUCUUCCAAAACUAAUCUUAAAAAUGUAGUAGUGCUUGGUAAUAAUACUAAGUAUAAUAAUGAUUAUGAAGAAGAAGAAGAAGAAGAUUAUGAUUAUGAUUGUUGGCAAUAUUUGUCAUUCAACACUUAUCCGUCCUCCCUUUGGAUUGCUUUACAAUUGUUAUGGAGGUUUCUACUCAGUCUCAUCUUUGCUUUGCUUGUUUUCUAUCUUAUCACCAUGCCGCCUCCUCCCCAUCUUUCUAUUAAGGUGACAGGGGUGAGGCAAUUUGAUGUAGCAGAGGGAUUGGAUUUAACAGGAGUAGCCACAAACUUGUUAAGUUGCAAUGUAUCAAUGGCGAUUGUUAUUGAUAACAAAUCUAAAGUGUUUGAGCUCAAUGUCCUGUCUCCAGUAGUAGAUAUCUACUUCGGUCGUGUUUCAUUAGUCCAAUCACAAGGGCCAGAAAUAGAAGUGAAGAGUGGACAAUGGAGAGAAAUGGAGGUAAAUGCAGGAACAAAAAAGAAAGCAAUGUACGGAGCAGGAAGAAAUAUGGAAGAAAUGCUGAAUUCCGGAAGAGGAGUACCUUUACUUAUUACUCUAAGAUUGUCUUCGUACAUACGAGUUAUACCAAACCUUAUUCAAUCCGACUUCCAUCAACAUGCUCACUGCGUGUUGUAUGUUCAAAAUCUGUAUGACAAAAAACAUCGAACUCAGGCUUACAAUACCACAUGCAUUCUAACUUAAUACUUCUACACUUGUACUCAUCAUUAUUCAUUCGUCAUACCCGGCCUUGCCUUCAGCCUCGUCUUUUCUAUCCACCCUAUUCCUAGCCUAACUGGCUAAGCACAUCAUCAACUAUUGAAGUCCCUCUUCAUUUUAUUUUUUUAUUUAUCUUUAUCAGAUUUGUGACUUUAUCAUAUUUAAGUGAAUAUUUUCAAUCAAUGAUUAUUUGUUUUUUUAUUCACUCCCAAGGUAACCAAUUUUUAGCUUUUAUAACCUUUUUAUUCAAUCUGUUUUCUUGUUACUGUAAUUUAUUAUAUUUAAAUUAUUAAUAUUACUUAAUUUU